AUGGAUGAGGAUGGGCUCCCCAUAGUUGGCUCUGGGAUAGACCUCACUAAGGUCCCAGCCAUCCAACAGAAGAGGACUGUCGCUUUUCUGAAUCAGUUUGUAGUGCACACAGUUCAGUUCCUGAAUCGCUUCUCAACUGUGUGUGAAGAGAAACUAUCGGCCCUUUCACUGCGUAUUCAACAGAUUGAAACAACUCUCAAUAUUUUAGAAGCAAAGCUUUCUUCCAUCCCUGGGUUAGAAGAUGUGAAAGCUGAAACACAACUGGUGCCUAACAAUCUUACCAAUGGACAUGUGCCAUCAAAAGCUGAUACAGAAUCCCUUACAGUUUUGCCCCAGUCUGAUGUAGUGCAUCAGAAUUCCAUAAAUGAUAAUACAUCACAGAAGGAAGAAGUACACACAGAAAGUGUCGCAACUGUGGCUAAAGAUCCUAGAUAUGCAAGAUAUCUGAAGAUGGUCCAAGUGGGGGUACCUGUGAUGGCCAUCAGAAACAAAAUGAUUUCCGAAGGACUUAAUCCAGAUCUUUUAGAGACUCCCAAUGCCCCGGUUCCUGAUGGAGAACUUACAGCAGAAGACAGCUCUGACAGUGAAUCUUCCUUUAGUGACUAA